AGGAAUUUCUUUGGGCACAAUGAAGUCAAGAUACCUCGUCAAAAUGUAAUGAGUAUUUUCUUGACUUGGUCAUAGUAGCAACCAAACAACUAGUCAUAUCAGGCGUUUCGCUCAAGCAGGCGCAUCACAAUGUGUCACACACGGAAGUAGUUAAAUUGUGACUUCAUUGCUUUCAAUGAGAAUAAACAGGGCUAGGUUGUCUGUUCCCAAACAGCAAGUUCUGUGUGUGUUCGAGUAGCUGCCGAAGGCGUUAAGCGCAGAGGACGGACACUCAUAAAUCAUAAGUGUCAAAUAUUUACAACACUGAACUGGAAUAAUGGAGCUUCUCAAAGAUGUGAUAAAGAAUUUUAACGAGGCAAUCACGUUUCUAGAAAAGCUGACAAAAAUCGACAAGAAACAGAAAGCAGAAAAAGAAGCAUUGGUUAAUAAACUGAAACAAAUAACUUUACGGUGCGAGAAGAAUAUCAGAGGUGAGGAGGAAGAGAAUUAUGACGAUGUUGGAAGUAAAGCAGUUGUCGAUGACGUAUAUGACGACGUACAAGCAAGUUAUGACGAUUUGGGAAACGUGCCGGGAAAAGGUGGAGCGCCUAGUGAAGGAGAUGAUGGCAUUUACGACGAUGCGGCAGGAGAAACGUAUGACGAUGUAGGACAGCAAAGGCAGAUAGAACCUAUUGCCUGCGAAAAAAUAAGUAAUCCAAAAGUUUCUGAAUUACUUGAGCUCAAGAAAGACGGUGCACUGAAGAACAUUUUGAAGAGCGCAUGGCAAAAAAGAUGGUGUGUUUUGAAAGGGAAUAUAUUUUAUCUGUAUGAAAGUGCAACAGAUAAACAGCAAAAAGAUGCCUUUGAUGUAACUGGAUACGUAUUUCAAAUCCGUGAUGAUAUCACAAAGGAAGGAAAAAGAAAAGAACGUUGUUUUGAAUUGAAGAAUGAUGAGAAAUCAUAUGAGUUUUGCGCAUCCGACAAAGAAAACAUGAUGAAGUGGCAAGCAAUUUUGAAAAAUAAAACAAAACGUGGAUCAGUUUCGAACAGUUUGUCUGGGUCUGCCGGCGAGACAUACGAUGACGUGGGUACAGCUAUGAUCGGUUCAGCGGAAAACAAUGAGUCACUGAAAAAUAAAAAGAAGGGAAUAUCGUUCCCAAAAUGGCCCAAGAAGUCUUCUAAAUCUCCUUCAAAAGCAGCUGAAACUGCUGAAGAAGAAAAUACAUACGACGAUACUGCCGCUCAAGAUGCAGGAGAUAUUUAUGAAGAAACUGGAGAUGGUCACUACGAUGACACUGGCAGAACGGGCGGCCAAAGCUAUGACGACGUCGGUAGAAUGGGCGGGGGAGAAAGCUAUGAUGAUGUAGGCAGACUUCCUGGCGGCAAGACAUACGACGACACAGGAAUGGGUCUUCCAGCACCACCCAUAAUUGAGGAAGGCGGUGAUUUUUACGAAGAAUAUGAAGGGGAUAAGCAACAGCGAUUGCUGCCUCCAUCGCCAUCAUCUACCAACAAACGUCGUGUCAGCACAAAAGCUGAUUUACCGCCUGUCCCAGCAUCUCCGAAACCACCUGCUGGUUUCCCUACUCUUCCACCAAAGGACGAAACCGGUUCUGCAAGCGGCACGUUCAUGCAUCAUAAACGCUCUGCGAUGCCACUUCCUGGAGAACCAGUAUCUUUUAAUAGGAGAGACUUACCGCCACCUCCAGUCGGCUUGUUUGAUAAUACCGGUGGAUCUGUUUCAUCGUUACCGCCGCCUAUUUCGGAUGACGAAUUUUCCGUUGAUUCGCUUGAUCCCUUUGGCGAAGAUCAAGAGGAUUACGAAAACAUGUAUCAAGGAAUGUGGGAUUGCGAUGCAGAAGAAAACAAUGAAUUAAAAUUUAAGAGAGAAGAAAUCGUUCAUAUUAUAUCACGGGAAUAUGAAGACUAUGGAUGGUGGACAGCAGAAUCAGCUGAUGGUGACAUUGGUUUAGUGCCGGUAUCGUACCUGAUGAAGGCGUAUGACAUAUAAUAGUUUUAUGAAAACUACGAAAACUUCAGCAUAUUUUGAUUUAUAAUAUUACUCGACAUAAACAUUCUUUGUACAGAUAUGUUCCAAAAUAUGUUUCUAAAAUUUCAUUAGACAAUAACUUUUUUAUUUGGUUCUUCUUUUGGUAAAUUUGACCAAAUUUAGUGUACUUUUAAAUAUUUUCCUUAAGUUUUCGAAAAGUGAAUUCACGUUAUUAUGGAAACAGUGCAAAGGCUUCCCUUUUCAUUCAGUUAUAGAAUUUCAUUAUAUACACGAUAUAUGUGGCUAAAUUAACAGCAAACUGUCUCUUCAAUUCUAUGCAAAUUUUCCAGUAAGAUAUAUUAUUCAUGUUAUUUUGUUAAUUGUAGUUUUACUAUGAUGCAGGUUUU